AUGGCUCCUCCAAUGGCGAAGAAGCGCAAGGUCCUGGACAGUCUGAAGAAUAAGGCCGGUCGGCCCAAGAAGAAGUUCAGAAAGCAGCUCGAAUACCACAGCAGUUCCGACGAAACGGAAGAUGAACAGCCCGCCGAUUUCCAAGCAGUUAAUCUGGCUGAUUCCGAUGCCGAGGAAGAAGAGAAGCCAGUAGAACAGAAGCCACAGAAGCCAGCAUCAAGUGAGACAAGGUCGCUAGGCGCUCAAAAGAAGAGGAAAGCAGAAGACAGCGACGACAGCUCUGCUGCUAGCGAUAACGAGAGCGACGCGGACGACAACCAUGCAUCGGACUCGCCAGGUUCCUCUGAUAUGGAGGAUGACGAGUAUGGAGACUCGGAUACCUCAAUGCCCACAUCGACAAAUGGACGCAGCAGGCCCGUCGCUAAACGAAAUGACCCUACCGCAUUCUCAACAUCUAUUUCCAAGAUUCUCUCGACCAAACUGCCUACAUCAGCUCGGGCGGACCCGGUCCUGUCACGCAGUAAAUCAGCAGCGCAAACUACUAGCGAACUUGCGGACGAGAAACUGGACAAGCAGGCGCGGGCGAAGCUCCGUGCAGAAAAGAAGGAGGAGCUAGACCGUGGCCGCGUGCGCGAUGUCAUGGGCGUUGAGCGCGGCCUUACUGGUGUGGUUGCAGAGGAGGAAAAGCGUCUUCGGAAGAUUGCGCAGCGUGGUGUGGUGAAACUGUUCAAUGCUGUUCGCGCAGCCCAAGUCCGUGGAGAAGAGGCUGCUAGGGAAGAGCGGAAGAAGGGUACCAUUGGCAUGGGCGAACGAGAGAAGACCGUCAACGAAGUCAGCAAACAAGGCUUCCUUGAGUUAAUCAGCGGAAAGAAGGGGAAACCGCUGAACAUCGAGGAGGCUUAA